AUGGCUCACACUAACACCACCACCGCUGCCUACGUCGACGCCGAGGAGGCCCGUUUCCAGGAGGAGGUCGCCAAGGUCAAGGAAUGGUGGGCCUCCGAUCGUUUCAGCCUGAUCACCCGCCCUUACACCGCAGAGUCCAUCGUCUCCAAGCGCGGCACCAUCGGCACCGAGUACGCCUCCAACAUCCAGGCCAAGAAGCUCUGGAAGCUCUUGAAGAACCACCGCAAGAACGGAACCGCCUCCCACACCUUCGGUGCCCUCGACCCCAUCCAGGUUGCCCAGAUGGCCAAGUACAUCGAGACCGUCUACGUCUCGGGCUGGCAGUGCUCUUCGACCGCCUCGUCCUCGAACGAGCCCGGUCCCGAUCUGGCUGAUUACCCCAUGGACACUGUCCCCAACAAGGUCGAGCACCUCUUCUUCGCCCAGACCUUCCACGACCGCAAGCAGCGCGAGGGCCGUCUCACCGCCCCCAAGUCCCAGCGCGCAAAGAUGGCCAACAUUGACUUCCUUCGCCCCAUUAUUGCUGAUGCCGAUACCGGUCACGGUGGUAUCACUGCCAACAUGAAGCUCGCCAAGAUGUUCGUCGAGCGCGGUGCUGCCGGUAUUCACUUGGAGGAUCAGAUGGCUGGAACCAAGAAGUGCGGCCACAUGGCCGGAAAGGUCCUCGUCCCCAUCUCCGAGCACAUCAACCGUCUCGUUGCUUCCAGAGUCCAGUUCGAUAUCAUGGGUGUCGAGAACUUGAUCGUUGCCCGUACCGACUCUGAGGCCGCUACCCUUAUCACCUCCAACAUCGAUCCCCGCGACCACGCCUUCAUCCUCGGUGCCACCAACCCCGCCUUGAAGCCCCUCGUCGUCGAGAUGGCCGCUGCUCAGGAGGCCGGCAAGAACGGCGAUGAUCUCCAGGCCGUUGAGGACAACUGGGUCAAGGCCGCCAACAUCAAGCUCUACCGCGAUGCCGUUGCCGAUGAGCUCAAGGCCAAGGGCAAGACCGCCCAGGUUGCCGAUUGGUUGGUCAAGUCCGAGUUCCUCUCCAACCCCGAGGCUCGCCAGCUCGCCAAGUCCCUUGGUGUCGUUGUUCACUGGGACUGGGACCUCCCCCGUACCCGUGAGGGCUACUACAGAUACCAGGGCGGCACCCGCUGCGCCAUCAACAGAGCUGUUGCCUUCGCUCCUUACUCUGACCUCCUCUGGAUGGAGACCAAGUCGCCCAUCCUGGCCCAGGCCACCGAGUUCGCUAAGGGAGUCCUCGCCCGCCACCCCCAGAUCAUGCUCGCCUACAACCUCUCGCCUUCCUUCAACUGGGACGCCGCUGGCAUGACCGACAACGACAUGCGCUCCUUCAUCGGCGACCUCGGCAAGCUCGGCUUCUCAUGGCAGUUCAUCACCCUCGCCGGCUUCCACUGCAACGCCCUCGGCGUUGAUGUCUUUGCCCGCGAGUUCGCUGACAAGGGCAUGUACGCCUACGUCAACGGCAUCCAGCGCCAGGAGCGCGCCAACAAUGUCGAGACCUUGGCUCACCAGAACUGGUCUGGCGCCAACUACUAUGAUAACUUGAUCAAGACCGUCCAGGGUGGUGUUUCUUCCACCGCUGCCAUGGGCAAGGGUGUCACCGAGGCCCAGUUCGGUGCCCACUAA